AAUGUUAUUGAGUAAGAAGGAAAAUAAUUGCCAGUCAUCUGGCGACAGAUAUAAUUCCGUUGGAAAUGUUGUUCUCCUUGAUUUCCAGGAAGAGUAUGCAAUUAGUAACCAACUGAAAUGAUGUAACAGUCACGUGGCUGAUAUACAAGUUUAAGGUGACGAUCUAACGUUACGUUUAUCAAACGGAUUAUUGAAGAAAAUGAAUAAGAUAGUGCACGACGUCAAAAGUUGGUUGGAGGAGAAUCGAAAAUGCUUCCACCCUCCCGUCUGUGUUAAAACUAUGUAAGUCAAUGGUAUUCAAACAUUUUUAACAGUGCGACCCCAAGGUAAUUUUCCGCGACCCAUACAUUGAAUACCACUGCCCUACCGAUAGUAUUCAAACAUUUUAACAGUGCGAUUCCAAGGUAAUUUUCGCGACCCUAUUUGGGGUCGCGACCCAUAGAUUGAAUACCACUGAUGUUUUCUGAAGGACAAUUAAUAGCAUUCUUUGUUGGUGGUCCAAAUGCUCGUGAGGAUUAUCAUCUGGAAGAAGGAGACGAGUUUUUCUAUCAAAUAAAAGGUGAUAUGCAAUUGAAAGUGAUAGAAAAUGGCAAGCCGAAGACUAUACACAUCAGAGAAGGCGAAGUUUUUCUGCUUCCAAAGAGAAUAUUACAUUCUCCCCAAAGAUUUAAAGAUACGGUAGGAUUCGUGAUAGAACGAAAAAGACAGGAUGACGAGAUGGACUGCCUCAGAUACUACACGGAGAAUUAUACAGAAACUUUGUACGAAAAGUGGUUUCACUUGAAUAGUUUCUCAAAACAGAUAACAUCCGUUAUAGAGGAAUUUAUGAAAUCCGAACAACGUCGAACUGGAAAACCAAUUCCUGGCACAAUUACCGACAAUCCGCCAUACAUUGAAGACAAACAAAGGAUCCUCAAUGAUCCCUUUUCGUUAAAAUCGUGGAUAGAAAAGAACAGAGAAGAGAUCGAAACAAGAGGGAAAAAAGAAGUGUUUGAAGGAGAUUAUAAAUUCAAGGUGAUCGUAUAUGGCAAAGGAAGUCAUUCCGGAUGUUAUAAAAAUGCAGACACGGUUACUUGGCAAUUGGAAGGAAAGUCGAAUGUUUCUAUCGACGAAAAUGGUUACGUUCUUGAAAAUAACUGCGUUAUCUUAAUUAAAACCGGACAAAGAUGGAGAAUGCAGAUGGAAGGUUCCUCUUUUGCUUUAUCUAUAACAACUUUUUCAGUUUAGAAUUCCUUUGAUGAUUUUCCGAUAAGAAAUAAAUAUUAAAAUACCAGAAAAUAACUGACGAACAAUUUCGAAAUGGAUUUUUAUACGAUUUUAAACGUAAAUAUAAAACGAAAUAUUGUGUAAUUAAAGAUUUUUUAAAAUAUAUUUUACAAAAUAAAUAGAUUCUACAAUUUAUUAUUUUUUAUAUUACAAAAAUUAUUUAAAAUAUAGACCUAGUAAAAGUUGAAUAUUAAAAUAAUUUUAGGACUUAUAUCAUAUAAAAUUCAUUUUUUAGUUGGAUUCAAAUCUGCAUUAAUAUGUCCAAAACAGGGUUUUUAAUAAGUAAAUAAAACAUUUUUAUUUAGAAAACAUAAACAUUUAACAUAUUAAAUAAUAAAAAUGUUUUCGAAACAAUGUUAAAUUCGUUGAUCUCAAUGUGGUCGCAAGAUAUAUUCACAAUACUAUCAGAAGUACUGUAUAAGUAAAUUGGAAGAUGUUACAGGGGCUGUUGAUUUAGAAUUGUAUUAUAUAUUGUACUGUAAGGAUUGUUAUGAGCUUUAAUUGCUUAUAACGUACUUUUAAAAAUUUUUUUAUAUUGGUGGUUAGUGAUUUUAAGUAAAAUUUUAUACGGUAUUUUUAAAGUUUGAAUAGUAUAAGUUAUAAAAU